AUGAUUAACAGAAUUAUUCAAAUACCAAAAUCUAUAUCAAUUGAUUUAUUACCAGAAGAAAUUCAAUUAAAUGUUCCAUUUACUAUCAAUAAUAAUCAAUAUGAAUUAAUUAAGUCUAAUUCUAAUGAUCUUAAAGUCUGUGUUGAUUCUAACGAUAUUUCUAUAGAAAAUGAACACAAUCAAGAAAUAAAAAAUGUUGACGAGUAUUUUAUAAUUAAGAGAUUGAUUUAA